UGGAGCAGAAGAUGGCGACGGCUGCUGGAUUCUUCGCACUUGCGAUCAUCGCUGGAGGAUUUUCUGAGGUCCAUGGCCGAUACUGCUAUGCUGACUACAACAAUGGUCAGGGGCAAUACUUCAAUUGCCACCAAGGGGAGUACUGCUGUGGUACUAAGUGCUGUAUCAACACUGCAGGGGCGUUCUACUCACUAUGGUACUUCUGGCUGAUAGUGUUGAUGGGGAUCAUCCUGUGCUCUAGCGGAGGAUUCUGGUACCGGCGCCGGUACUACCAGCAGCGGAUCGUCACCACCAUCGAGAGGCAGGGACAGAACGGCUUCGUCGCACGCACCACUCACACCAUGGAGGAGCUGCCCAGCAGCACCGACAGCUACUGUGGCCCCAGAGCAGUCGCCAUUUCACAGUCAGCGACAACGGCAAACGUUCCGAAUGUCCCAGUCUACCCAGUCAAGUACACCAUCACUCACACCGGACCCUACCCUUACCCCUAUCCCUACCCCAUGCCCCCACCCAACGGCCCUCCCCCUCCCUACACCCAGGCAGUGAUAGGCCCACAGGCUGCUGGUAACCUGCCGCCGGCUCCCCCUGGUGUGGUGACUGAGAACUGCAGCUCCAGCGCCACUAACACGACCACUAACACCACCAUCUUGUCUGGCUGAACUGAAAACAGGUUUUCAGCAUACAGUUUCUGUUUGGAUGCUACUGUAAGUCAUUUGAUAUUCGCGGUACUUUCAUAUUCCCGGUUUUUGCAGCCAAUUCUGUACCAAAAAUUUAUUAUAAUACCACGAACAAACAAAUUGUUGCAUUCACUAACUUUUUCUUCUGCACCUGCCACCAACAUGAUGAUUCCGGGAGCAUGUCCAUUUUCCUCAGACCACGAAAUUUUGCUACCGUAAAUA